AUGGGUUACUAUCUCUUUUUUUUCUUACCUGAGCAAAGAAAUGAGGCUAGAAAAGAGAUUGAGGAAAUAUUUAGAGAAAAUUCACCUGUUGCUGUCGCUGAUUUAGAUGCUAAAGCAAUUGAGACUAGGAAAAAAGAGAUAGAAGCCGGGAAAGCAAAAAAUUUAAAAGAAGCUCGGGAGAAUGCUAUUAACAGUAUAAAAAAGUUUGCAGAAAUGGAAAUAAAAAAAACACCCUCCUUUGAAAAAGAUGUCAAAAAAUUUUACAAAAGAAUUAACAACGCUUCUGAAAAUGACAUAUCUUCCAUUGUUGAUGAGGCUAACAAAUUGAAUGGAUUAGUAAAUCCCCAUAAUGAACCAGAGAAAGAACCAAAUAAAUGUAAUUUCGCCGCUUCUUAUAAGAUUAAUUUUCCUCCUUCUCUUUGGAGUGAACUAACCGAGGAACAAAAGGUGCAUGAAAGAGCCGAAGAACUUAAAUUAAGAGAUGAAGUUGACACACUUAUUGAUCCAGUCAGAGGAGAAAGAGAUAAAAGCAACACCGAUAAUAACGCUACUCUUUAUGGAGCACCGCGAACUGGUAAGUCAAUUAUAGUGGAAAAAUUGGCCUAUAAAGCAGACUCGUAUCCUUUGGUAGUAAUUCAAGGUUCCGCUCUUACUCCCACCAUUAAUGAUCAAAAAUGUGGUAUUAAUAACUUUAAGAAAUUCAUUUAUACCAUCUGUGAUAUUAAUAAUACAUUAGUAGAUGAUUUUGAUUUUGAAAGGAAUUAUGAAAGUGGCGAACCUCGUUACAUUUUUUUUAUUGAUGAAGCCAAUCAAGUUAGUGAAAACACUUUUGUAACAAAAUCAUCUGGAUUAACUUUUCUCAAAGAGUGUAUGGGUAGUGAUAAUUGGAAGAAAAAUGAAACAGUUUAUCAGCCCGGUCGUUUGGCUAAUCGUCUCUGUUUUAGUUGGACUUUGGGAAAAUUUAAGGAAUACUCCUCUAAUGCUGGGAUUAUUGAAAGUUUUUUAGGUCGAAAAAUUACCGGCGAAAGCGUUGAUAAUGCAGACAAUAAGAAAAUUCUCAAUGAGGAAAAAGAAACCGAUGAAAAAGGAGAAGAAACAAUAAAACAAAAAGAUACGGAUUUUGAUGGUAAAUUUACUGAUCCGCGGGAACCCAAGAUUCAAGAUGUAGUAAUCCAAGCCAGUAAUCAUAUCAGUAAAGCCUUAGAUACUCGCUUAAAAACACUUGAUGAAACUAUUGCCACAAUAAAAGAGGAAGUGCAGGUAGCCAAUAAUGUUUUCAAUGAAAAUUUUAACAAUGCGGUUGAACAGAUAACCGGUCUCUUAUCAGAGAUAGGAGGAAACAUGAAAAGAAUAAAAGCUGUUUGUUGGUGCGUAACUGUAUUCGGUGCCGGUUAUGUCUGCAAAAAAGGCCAUGAUGCUUACAAACAUGGUCAAAAAACCAAAAGAGAAAAAGAGGAAGAAUUACGCGGUAAACUAGGUUUUCUUCAAACUCAACUAGAUGACUUAAAAGGACAAAAUAAAUCUUAUCGUGAUGAGAGGAAAAGAAAUGAUGAACAAAGGAAAAAGAAUAACGAAACAAUCUCGAAUAUCGGUUCAAAUACUGAUGAAAAGCAUUGA